UCAAAUCAAUUCCUUACUCUCUCUCUCUCUCUCUCUCUCUAGCAAAUACACAGGAAAAGCAUAAAAAGUUCAGAGACUACACCAAUCGCAUCGAAAUCUCCGGCGACAACUCCGAUCAUUUUCCGGCGAGAUAUCGGCUAUAUAGGAUCCGAUUCUCCGGAUUGUUAGGUUAGAUCCGAGUGAUGGCUCCGGUUUCAGCUCUCGCCAAGUACAAGCUCGUGUUCUUGGGAGAUCAAUCUGUCGGCAAAACCAGCAUCAUCACUCGAUUCAUGUACGACAAGUUCGACAACACAUAUCAGGCUACUAUUGGUAUCGAUUUUCUGUCAAAGACGAUGUAUCUUGAAGAUCGAACAGUUCGGUUGCAGCUCUGGGAUACUGCUGGACAAGAAAGGUUUAGGAGUCUUAUUCCAAGCUAUAUUAGGGAUUCCUCUGUUGCAGUUAUUGUGUACGAUGUUGCAAGCAGGCAAUCAUUCCUAAACACCACAAAAUGGAUUGAGGAGGUUCGCACUGAACGGGGCAGUGACGUUAUAAUUGUCGUUGUUGGGAACAAAACUGACCUUGUUGAUAAGAGGCAAGUCUCAAUAGAGGAGGGAGAAGCCAAAGCUCGUGACCUAAAUGUCAUGUUUAUUGAAACCAGUGCGAAGGCCGGCUUCAACAUAAAGCCACUAUUUCGGAAGAUUGCUGCAGCCUUGCCAGGAAUGGAAACACUAUCAUCAGCGAAGCAAGAAGACAUGGUCGAUGUUAAUCUCAAGUCUAGCAACCCAAGUGCAUCUCAGUCACAACAGUCAGGAGGAUGUGCCUGUUGAUCCAAUGUCGAUUGAAGCUCACUGCCUCAUCCCUUAUAUCAUUCUGCGAACCCUACAAUAUGCGUCUGUAAAGCUCUCGUCAUUGAUAGAAUUUAAAUUUUUGGUUGUGGUUUAUUAUAAAAAAAAAGUUUAAAUCAGAACAGGUGGUUGUCGUUGUAGUAGUUGAACUAGUCCCCACAUGUGUUCUGUAUGAUUCUUGUAAACAUGCAGUGAUUUAAGACCACCAUUUUUUCUUUUUCUUUUUUUUUUCUUUUUUUUAUAUUUUAAAUUUUGUGUUAGACAUAUAUGUUUGUAUUCUAUACUAUAUGCGGCUUUGUUAGUGAAA